AGAAAUAAUUACCUGGCUGUGUUAGAGGAGAUCAUUAAGGGAGGGAAUAUCAGUAGAAAGAAAUUACCUGCUUAUUUCAAUACACUGCUACCACCUGAUCAGGUGAGAAAUAAUUACCUGACUGUGUUAGAGGAGAUCAUUAAGGGAGGGAAUAUCAGUAGAAAGAAAUUACCUGCUUAUUUCAAUACACUGCUACCACCUGAUCAGGUGAAGCUGUUCUUAUCUCUCCUUCAUAAGAAGAUUUUAAGGAAAGGUAAAGAGGUGACAGAGGGUGUAUUGAAAGACAUGCAUCAGAAGAAAGUGUUGAACAGUUGAUAAUUAGGAUUUUGUAU